AUGUCCGAUCGAGUGCGUACGGAGCGUCUAUUACAGCAGUUGUUUAUCCACGCGGAUGAAGGGCGGUUCAGUAUCGAUGGCAUCAAACGGUUUUUCGGGUUCGUGGCCGAUUUCAAGGAGAAGUUAGCCGUUAUUUCGCACAUCACCAACGGCCAGCCCGCACGAGGGCCUGAGUUAUUGAGUAUUCGUCAUCGUAAUACGGCCGCCGGGGGACAGCGAAACGUAUUCAUCGAAGAUGGAUUAGUGGCGUUAGUCACGCGGUACCACAAAGGGUUUUACGCCAGUGGGGACGCCAAGGUGAUCCAUCGGUAUAUACCCCGCGAAGUGGGCGAGUUGAUCGUGUGCAAUGCCAAGCCGUUUCCGCACAACGUCCGCGAAGACGGGACCGAGGUGAUUACCGAUAAUAAGGAGAACGAGGAUUCCAUGGACGAUGAUCGAGACGACGAAUAUGAUCGAGGCGUUACAACGGAUGACCGGACAGCCCCCGAUGCAGUUCCGCGGGGUGCAGGGGGCCGCCAUCCAGUCGAUCUAAGCAGGCCAUUCCCGGGUAGUGGUAGUAAUGCCCACGGGUGGUGGGAAAAGUAUAUUGUUUAUGUUGCCCGCGCCGCCGGCAUCCUAUAUAUGGAGUGGGAUAGCCAUCGCUAUCCCGAUUAUGCCGCUAUUGUGUUUGUGACGCCUAAGUCCGUAUUCACGGACGGGUUCCAGUCGUUUUUGAACCGCCAGCGCGAGUUGAUGCGGUUAGACCGGAUUGUUAUUGACGAAUGCUAUAUGAUGUUGAAUAAGUCCGAGACGUUUCGCCCGCAGUUACAGCAAUUAGGCCGAUUACAUCAGUGCGGCGUGCCGAUGGUGUUUUUGACCGCGACAUUACCCCCAUACAAAGAGGCCCGGUUGUUUGAGCGAAUACAAGUUGCGCGGGAGGACAUCAGUAUGCACCGCGAGCGUACCAAUCGCCAUAACGUGGCAUACCGGGUGUACCGGCCCAUGAUUACAUCGAGAUAUCGUUCCCAGACGCAAUAG